AUGCCUGCUUUAUCCAAAGAGGAGCAACGACGAAGAAAGAUAGAGGAGCUCCGCAAGCUUGGCGAUUCACGCAGCUUCACUGCAGAGUACCAACAAGAGAAGAGAAAUAAAGAAAACAAGUUUGACCAAAACUGGAAAGAGAUCGUGCCCCCUAGCUGGCUGUUUGCUUCCAUUCAAUGUCAUAUCUCGUACCCUCCGCUUUCAACAACACAACUCCCGUAUUCGUUCUACAUCAUACCGUUGACAAGCACGCCGAACAACACAGAAAACCAGCAAGAGGACGUGGUUCUGACAACUACUGCGCUUGAGCUUGACUUUAGUCAACUGCACGAAGCCGCCGCCAGAGCAAGCGAAGUACUUCUGUACAUGAGUGUCUCGCAUGCUUUUAUCGGGGGAUACGCCACAACGCUCCUUUGUGGGCACCGUAUGACCGAACAGCCCGGUUUCUACACCAGCAAGCUCUGUCUAAUGUACCAGCCGGGACAAGCUGAAAAACCUGCAGUGAAGUGCGACAUUUUAUGCGGAGGAGCUACAGAGCAAUUGCGGCUGCCAUCGGCGGCAACGGUCAAAGUGGUCAACGUCAACUCUUUGCGCCAUGGUCUCAAUGUUCCAGUUGUCCACCCAAGGGUUUUAAUCUUGACGAAAGUUAAACGAUGGGCAAUGAUUAGGACUUCGCGGAACCCACGGACCGAGAAGAAGCGCGAGACUGACGAAAUUGACGCGGUAGAAUUACUUCGAUGGCUUUUAAAGCACAAGAUGAAGAUCGACUUCGAUGAGUAUACAGAACGCCCCAAGGCAUUGACCACCUCCAACGUUCAAGCUUUUUACCAUCUCGCCGAGAAAGGUGCACAAGUUCGCCUGUUGCUGGAGAAAGCGCUUGAACAAAAGGACUUCGAAAUCGUUAAAGGACCGCUCGCAAGUGAAGACUUCUGA